AUGCAACCAAUACAUACUCUAUGUUCGUCUACUUCCACUCAAUACAUUCAUUUAUUUUCAGAUCCUGAUUUCAAACCUAGUAUGGUAUUUCUUACAUCUCUACUUCGAAAACUACCGACACCACAAUGGUUAUUGAAAGAUACAAUUCCAGGCAAACGAACAGACAACAAAUGGUGGCGUUUAGAAACGUUUCGAUUUACAUUUCAAAGCGACGGUCGUCGACGACGCUGUUUCAAAGUAGCAUAUCCUUAUCUCAGAAACCGUUGGCGUCUGGCAACACGUAAUCGUCUGUUUAAACCCAUCUUCGAAGCCGAUCUACACGAUACACGAGUUGAUGCUGCAGCACGCGAACAUGGUUUACGUCAACAUACCCUACGAGCAAGUCUAGCUCGACAGAAUAUUCAGCUGUCACCAGCUAUUCUUGCUGAUCUUGCUAUUUAUGAACCACGAACAUUCGAAUGUUUAAGCUUAGUCGCUAAGCAACAUAUUAUCAACACAGAUCUUCAAGUGCCUGAUCCAGAACAUGAAUUUGAUGAACAAGACGUCGAACCCGAUGCUGAAGAAGAACAAGUACCUCUGAAUGUUGGUCCACAUAUCUUAAACCCAUCGUUAUUCAAAGAUGUUUACAAUCGUUUUUGA